AUGGUACUCAUCUGCCAUUAUCUCUUCAACGCACGCAUUUCUUGUCUUCGAGUGUCCAAUGCAAGUACAGAAAACCUCACCAGAUCAGCAACUUUAGUUGUUGAGGAUCGACCCCAGGCAAUAUCAUUUCUUCUCCAAGCUCGAUCAAAGCGAUACGGUGUCGAAGACGCUAAGCAACUUCAUUCCUACAUUGUUAAAUCUGGCCCUUCGCCGAAUAUCUACUAUCUCAAUUCACUUAUCCGUGUCUACGCUGCCAAUGGUGAUCUGGAUGAUGCACGGAAGUUGUUCGAUGGAGUUCCUCACCGAGAUGUGGUUUCUUGGACCACCUUGGUUGAUGGGUAUGCGAAACUGGGAAAGAUGGAUGUUGCUAAAGAGCUGUUUGAUUCGAUGAGGGAGAGAAAUGUGGUGUCUUGGAACGUUAUGAUCUCUGGAUACGGGAAACAAGGGAAUAUCCAGGCUGCACGCGAGAUGUUUAAUAAAAUGCCUGAACGGGAUAUUGCGUCUUGGAACUCUUUGAUUUCUUGCUUUACCCGAAAUGGUUUACCUGAGGAGGCGUUUAAGAUGUUUCAACAAGUUUUAACCGAGGCUUUAGGAAUGCCAAACAAGGUGAGUUUUUUGAGCGUUCUUCCAGCAAUUGCUGAGUUGGGCUGUGUACGUCGGGGUAGAUGCGUUCAUUCCUUUAUUCUCCGGACAGGAAUUGAGGUAGAUGGUCUAUUAUCAUCAGCUCUUGUUGAUAUGUAUUGCAAGUGUGAUUGGUUGGAUCAGGCUUUUCGAUUGCUCAAAACAAAUCCUUCUCAAGACAAUGUUGCGUCUUGGAAUCCAUUGUUGGCAGGUUUAGUCAGACAUAAAAGGUUUGAAGAGGCCUUGGAUGUUUUUCGAACAAUGCAACUGGAGUACGUUGAACCUGAUUCUGUUACCAUCAUCACUCUCAUUGCUGCGGUUGGCCGUUUGGGAGCUCUUGGUCUUGGAAAAUGGCUUCAUUCAUAUGCAAUUAGGAAGAAGAUUCGAGUGAACGCAACUCUUGCCUCUGCACUUGUAGAUAUGUACUCAAAAUGUGGGUGUGUAGAGCUUGCUCUGCAGGUCUUUGCCAUCGCUGAAGAAAGACCCAUUGAGUUAUGGAAUGCCAUGAUUACUGGGCUGGCUAUCCAUGGCCGGGGAAAGGAUGCAAUCAAAUUGUUUUCUCAGAUGCGAGCAGCAAAUUCAGCAUUCAAUGAGGUGACAAUUGCGUCUAUCCUCAACGCUUGCAGUCACUCGGGGCUAGUGGAUGAAGGUCUCAGCUUCUUUGCUGCCAUGGAAGAUAUAUAUAAAAUGACACCGAAAAUCCAACACUAUGGAUGCAUUGUUGAUCUUCUGAGCCGUGCUGGACAGCUUGAAGAGGCAAAGACAUUUAUAUGCAGCAAAAUGCUCUUAAAGCCUGAUGCUGUAAUAUGGAAAUCACUACUUGGGGCCUGUAAGACACAUGGGAAUGUUGAGAUUGGUGAAUUUGCAGCUCGUCAUUUGAUUGAACUCUGCCCUGAUGAUAGUAGUGCUUAUGUGCUUUUGUCAAGCAUUUAUGAUUCAGCUGGUCAAUUGAGUGAUGCAGUUGCAAUCAGGAAGAUGAUGAGUGAUGGCGGAGUGAGCAAGGAACCUGGUUUCAGUUUGAUCGAGUCAGGGGGUGAGGUUCAUGUGUUCCUUGUGGGAGAUAGAUCACAUCCAAGGUUAGAAGAGGUAAACACUAUGUUGUGUGAAAUAAGCAAGAAGUUUGAGUCAGUUGGCUAUGCACCUGAGAGGCAGCUGGUGUUGUUCGAUAUAGACGACGAUGAGAAGGAAUUUGCCAUCUCGCAUCACAGUGAGAAGUUGGCUGUUGCAUUUGGUCUCUGCGACACUGCAAAAGGAACUCGGCUUCAUAUAGUUAAGAAUCUUCGGAUGUGUAGUGACUGUCAUGUUUUCAUGAAACUGGUCUGCAAAAUCUAUGAUCGAGAAAUAACUGUUAGAGAUAUGCGACGGUUUCAUCAUUUUAAGAGUGGAAGGUGUUCGUGCAUGGAUUAUUGGUGA